CGUAUAUAAGCGAUUAUAGGGCCGGGCUGGCCAACAGUCCAGUCCAGUCGGCCGCGUGGCUCUGCUCUACAUCCCGAAUCCGAUCCGAUUCGAUUCGAUCCGAUCCGUUUCGAUACGAUCGGCGUUGCGUUUUUCCAACCGCACUUUGGAUAAUUCAAGCUGCUCGAAAUUAGAUCCAGCAAAGAUCUAGUCGCCCAAGGAUUACGCACAGGAAUUAAACCCAAUCGAACUGUCAAGGAUCGCCAGCUUGUGAAUUCUUUUUUGAAAAGUGCCAAUGCUGUGUAACUUAACAAAGAAUCUCUAUAGUUUGUGAAUCCUUUAACAAUCCUUAAGAGUGCAGAAUUCGAAUAGUGAAAUAAUGAAGUUUCAUUUGGUGGCCUUUUUGGGCGUACUUGGCGCUGUGCUGGCGGACCCCUCACCCACUUUGGCUCCUCCGAUCCUGCCCUGUGUCCAUGCUACCACUGCUGGCUACUCGUACCCCCCGCCGGCGGAGGUGAAGUUCUCCAUCUCGCCCGGGGUGACCAAGUAUAGCCAAAGCCCGGCGAUUUCCACAUACUCGGAGAACGGACAUAUUCUGCACACCUCGGUGGGCAGUGGAGGCGCCUCCUACGAGUCCAGCGCCGGCAUCGACGGAUUGUCUCACGGUGGAGUGACCCAGAUCAAUAAGUACAUAGCCCCGGUGCAGAAGGCUCUGUUCACACCCUCGGCGGAGUAUGGAGCGGGUAUAACCUACGCGGAAAAGUCCCCGGCUGCCAAGUACGCAACCGUGGUGCCGUCUGGGAUAGAAAUCAAGAACCUGGUAUCGCCAGCUAUCACCAAAACCGUUCUAACGGCUCCCAAGUUGGACAACUCAUAUUUGCCACCGUCUCCGGGCAUCACCAAAGUAGCCACAUACACCUCGCCGGGAUAUAGCUACAGCUCGGCCACUCCCGGAAUAUCCAAGGUGGCCACAUACACGGCUCCGGCUCCCUCAAGCGUUCCCUUUUAUGCCCCACCGGUGACCACGAAGUUGGAGACCUACAGCUCGCCCGGAUACGCCUACUCCAAGGCCACUCCAGGAUACUCGAAGGUGGAAACCUACAGCUCCCCAGGCUAUAGCUACGGACAGAUCUCGCCUGGAAUCUCCAAGAUAGCCACCUACUCGCCAUCGGUUUCGUAUGCAGCCCCAGCGAUUGCCAAGGUGUCCACCUACUCCGCUCCAGCUGUUAAGUUGGCCACCACUUCGUCGUUGCUGUCCUCCCAUGGAACCGGAUACUCCGCCAGCUAUGCUCCUUCCAUAACCAAGUACAGCCAGGCGGCGGACGUGUCCCACCAGUACUUCUCCAAGCCAAUUGUGGCCGCUUACCCGGCACCAGCUCCGGCCAUAGCUGCCUACUCUCCGGGACCGGCGAUCACCAAGGUGGCUGCCAGCUAUGGGGGUCAUUCUUCAGGAGCCGUUUCCCAUCAGUAUGUCUCAAAGCCCGCUCCGGCCGUUGCCCACGUGGCCAGCUAUGCCGCCCCAGCGGUGGCCACUUACUCGUCUGCCCCUGCGGUGGCUACCUACUCAUCCGCCCCGGCAGUCACCAAACUAUCCACCAGUUUCGGAGCAUCUGGAUCGGGAGCCAUCUCGCACCAGUAUGUGUCGAAGCCGGCAGUGGCUAUUUCAGCGGCACCAGCGAUAGCCAAGGUGGCCACCUAUGCCGCUCCAGCAAUUUCCAGUUACUCCACUGGGCCAGCCAUCUCGAAGAUUGCCACCUAUGCCGCCCCCACUGUGUCCACCUAUACGUCGGGUCCAGUGGUGUCUAAGGUAGCAUCGGGCUACGGAGUCAGUGGAUCAGGAGCCGUGUCCCAUCAGUAUGUGUCCAAGCCUGCAGUGGCCAUUUCAGCUGCUCCUGCCAUUGCCAAGGUAGCCACUUAUGCAGCUCCAACCAUAUCCACUUACUCGGCAGCUCCAGUGGUUGCCAAGGUGGCCACUGGAUACGGAGGCAGUGGUUCCGGUUACAGUCACGGCGCCGUUUCCCAUCAGUAUAUUUCCAAGCCAGCGGUGGCCAUUUCUGCUGCUCCCGCAAUUGCCAAGGUAGCAUCCUAUGCAGCCCCCGCCAUCUCCACGUAUGCCACAGCUCCAGCUGUAACCAAGAUUGGGACGGGAUAUGGACAUGGAGCCGUCUCCCAUCAGUACGUGUCCAAGCCGGCGGUGGCCAUUUCAGCUGCUCCUGCCAUAGCCAAGGUGGCUACAUACGCAGCUCCUGCAAUCUCAACGUAUGCCACAGCUCCUGCAGUCGCCAAGGUGGCCACUUACGCCGCUCCGGCGGUGUCCACUUACUCCGCAGCUCCUGCAGUCACCAAGGUGGCCUACAGCCAAGCCGCGGAUGUGUCCCACCAGUACAUUUCAAAGCCUAUUGUGGCAGCCUAUCCUGCAGCUGCGCCAGCAGUGGCCACGUACUCCUCCGCUCCGGCAGUCACCAAGAUUUCAGCGAGCUACGGCAGCAGUGGAUCUGGAGCCGUGUCCCAUCAGUAUGUUUCGAAGCCCGCAGUGGCCAUUUCAGCGGCUCCUGCCAUCGCCAAGGUAGCCACCUAUGCUGCUCCCGCCAUAUCCACUUACUCGGCAGCACCAGUGGUAGCCAAGGUGGCCACCGGAUACGGAGGCAGUGCCUCAGGAUACAGUUCAGGAGGAGCUGUCUCCCAUCAGUAUGUGUCCAAGCCAGCGGUGGCCAUUUCAGCUGCUCCUGCCAUCGCUAAGGUAUCUGCCUACGCUGCUCCAGCAAUCUCCAGCUAUGCCACAGCUCCAGGCAUCUCCAAGGUGGCCACCUAUGAUGCUCCUGCCAUCUCCACCUACUCAGCUGCACCCAGUCUCACCAAAAUCGCAACCAGCUAUGGCGGGUCUGGCCAUGGAGCCGUGUCCCAUCAGUACGUAUCGAAGCCCGCCAUUGCAGUGGCGCCAGUGACUCCGGUCCUCUCCAAGACCUACUUGCCAGCGGCUCCGGUUCUCUCCAAAACCUACCUGCCAGCUGCUCCGGCCAUCGCCUUGCCCACUAAACAACUGAACACGGGCUACGGAAUCAGCGGCUCAGGAGCAGUAUCCCAUCAGUACGUAUCGAAGCCGGCGGUGGCCACCAUCUCAGCAGCUCCUGCCAUAGCCAAGGUGGCUACCUAUGCAGCUCCAGCCAUUUCCAGCUACUCCACUGGACCUGCCCUCUCGAAGAUAGCCUCCUAUGGCGCCCCAGCCAUUUCCAGCAUCUCGGCUGCUCCAGCCAUUGCCAAGGUAGCCACAGGAUAUGGCCAUGGAUACGGGGCUAGUGGAUCGGGAGCUGUAUCCCAUCAGUAUGUGUCUAAGCCAGCAGUGGCCAUUUCAGCAGCUCCUGCUAUAGCCAAGGUGGCCACCUACGCAGCUCCAGCUGUGAGCCACAUAUCCACUGGACACGCCAUCAGCGCUGCUCCCGCUUUGGCCACUUACUCAACCGGUCCUGCCAUCACCAAAGUCUCCACUGGGUAUGGAGGAAGUGGCUCCGGAUAUAGCUCGGGAGCUGUCUCCCAUCAGUAUGUGUCGAAGCCAGCUGUAGCAACCAUUGCAGCCGCUCCAGCGAUUGCCAAGGUGGCCUCAUAUGCCGCCCCAGCUGUGGGCCACUACAGCACAGGUCCUGCCAUCACAAAGAUCGCUUCUCCAAUUGGACUGGGACUGGGAGCUGGUCUGAGCUACGGGGCCAGUGGACACGGACAUGGAGCCGCCUUGCUGGGUGCUCCUCUGACCAAGUUGACCUCGGCUCCGGCUUACAGCCUGGGAGGUAAGCUGGCCAGCAGCACCGCCUACGGGAUCCAUGCGGGUAGUUUGGGUCACGGUGCUGGUCACGAUGGCGGCUACUAUGGAGCCAUUUCCCUGGGACACGCGGCGGUGUCUCCAGCCCUCAACUAUCACGGUCUGCUGACCCAUGGAUCUGGUCUGGCCCCAGCAAGCUCCUCGCUGUCCCAUCUGGACUCCUCCCUCAGCGGAUACUCGCACGGAGUGGGUGGCAUUGGACCCCUCGGGGCGGGUUUCUAUCGCUAUGCUCCCAGUGUGCCGGCGCUGACCAGCCACGCCCCUGUGGCGGCCACCGCCUACCUGAAGUCAGCCCCAGUGGCCCAGCCGGCCUUGCUGAAGGUGGUGCCCGAGAAGCAUCUGGAGCACUUUGAUGCCCAUCCACGAUAUGCAUUCGAGUACGCCGUCAAUGAUCCCCACACGGGCGAUAACAAGCACCAGAAGGAGGAGCGCGACGGAGAUGUGGUCAAGGGAGAGUACUCCCUGGUGGAGCCCGAUGGCAAUGUACGCACGGUGAAGUAUUACGCCGACUGGGAGACGGGCUUCCAUGCCGAGGUCAUCAACAGUCGCGAUCAGGGCAAAAUAGUGGCCAAACGUCAGGCAGCAGCCAAGUCGUGAGCUCCACACAGGUCGCAAUUGUUUGGUUCGUUCUGCAACUGUAAAUAGCCUCAAAUCCACAACCUUCUUCUCAUUAAACAUUAAACGUAUUUAUGUAAAUCCCCUCAACGACAACGAUGCACCACAACCAAGAUGUCACACGGCCGCCAUGAUAUAAUGUAACAUAUGCAGAUAUCCAACCACCAACUAUAUACAUACAUACAUCCUUCCCCUCACAUUUUGGAUCCCCGAUUCUGUGCUCAUGUGAUAAGCGUUUCUGCUUGCGCUGCUCUCAUCUCAAACUGCGCGACCCCGACUACUUUCCGAAUAUUGUACAUAAUGGAUUGCAUAUUGGUAUACCUUGUAAAGUGUUUUAAAUUCAAAUAAACGACAUUUAAGAACGCCACAGUCGAGGAUGCUCGAC